CUUCCUUCUCCGGGGCAGAGCUUCUUUGGGUCCCGCAGCGGCGGACACUGUAGGACCCAGGACCCCCACCCCUCACUCGGCCGCCGCAGUCAUGUUUACACAGCAGGCGACCGCCCGGUCCCAGGAACCCGGCGGCAGGACUAAGUCCAGCAGCCCUCGACAAAUCCCGGUGGUCGGGGUGGUGACGGAGGACGAGGACGCUCAGGGUGCUUUAAAGCCCAUGGACCUAAAUGGUGUCAUCAAACUCCUUGAAGAGACUGAUAAAGGUGACUUAGAAGGCAAACAACUUAAAUCUGUCAAGAAACUGAUGCAAUAUUAUCAGAAUGGACUUCCCCUAAGGGAUUUAGCACAGAUAUUUAAAAUUCUGAAACUGUGUGCAGGAAAAAUUGAGCACCAGCCCCAUUUUAUAGAAUCUGUAUAUAAUAUCCUAAAAGUAUGUAGCUUGCCGUUUUUGAAAAAAAAGGUAUCGGAUGAAAUAACAUAUGCUGAAGAUACUGCUAACUCAAUCGCACUUCUGGGUGACUUAAUGAAAGUACCAAGUUCUGAACUGAGGAUACAAAUUUGUAAGUGUAUUGUUGACUUUUAUCAUGCAGAACCACCAAAGAAGCAUAUUACAGGUUACCAGCCGGCCAGCUCAUCCUAUAAGAUUCAAAUGGCUGAAGUCGGAGGAUUGGCAACAAGUAUGGUCCAGUCACUGGCCUGGCUUGAAAAUCAACUUGUUGAGAAACUUUGGGUACUUAAAGCUCUACAACAUCUCUCCACUUCUGAAGUGAACUGUACUUUAAUGAUGAAUGCACAAGCAGCCAGUGGCCUCUGUGCUCACCUCACUGAUCCAGAUCCCUCUGGACAGCUUCUGUUUCGUUCAUCAGAAAUACUUUGGAACCUAUUGGAAAAAUCUUCCAAACAAGAAAUCAUACAACAGCUUAGUAGUUUGGAAUGUUUGCUGGCUUUGAAGGAAGUAUUUAAAAAUCUGUUUAUGAGAGGCUUUAGUCAUUACGAUCGUCAGCUUAGAAAUGAUAUAUUAGUGAUCACUACAAUUAUAGCUCAAAAUCCUGAAGCACCAAUGAUUGAAUGUGGCUUUACCAGGGAUUUGAUACUACUUGCAACCUUUAAUGAAGUUAAAAGUCAAAAUCCUUUGGUAAAAGGUCUUAAGCUUUCUAAUUCCUAUGAAGAUUUUGAGUUGAAGAAGUUGCUGUUCAAUAUAAUUGUGAUCUUAUGUAAAGAUUUACCUACUGUACAGCUACUAAUUGAUGGCAAAGUUGUUUUGGCUUUGUUUACCUAUGUUAAAAAGCCUGAGAAACACAAAAUAAUUGAAUGGUCUGCAGCACAGUAUGAAGAAUUACAACUGCAUGCAAUUGCCACUUUGUCAUCAGUGGCUCCUUUAUUAAUAGAAGAGUAUAUGUUGUGCCAGGGAAAUGCUCGAAUCCUGGCAUUUCUAAAAUGGUGUGAGAGCGAAGAUUCCUUCUUUAUUCACGGUAACAGUUUUCAUGGUACAGGCGGCCGUGGCAACAAGCUCGCCCAUAUGCGUUACACCUUAAGGCUCCUGAGAGCCAUGGUCUCUCUUGAGGAUGAGACUGUAAACACAGACCUUUGUGAAAGGAGAACAAUUCAGCAACUGAUAGGAAUCUUUAAAAAUACAAUAAGCAAGUCUAAUGACAAGGAAGAGGCCAUUGUUUUGGAAAUUCAAUCUGAUAUAUUACUUAUUUCAUCUGGUCUUUGUGAACAUAAUAUUCCUAGGAAGGAAAUUUUUGGAACUGAAGGAGUGGAUAUAAUUCUUCAUGUAAUGAAAACAGACCCCAAGCAGUUUCAGAGUGGAUUAGGCUAUAAUGUACUUCUUUUUAGUACAUUGGACAGCAUUUGGUGCUAUUUGGGAUGUUAUGCCUUGGAGGAUUACUUUCUUGAAAAAGAAGGCAUUUUUCUCCUUUUGGAUUUAUUGGCAUUGAACCAAAAGAAAUUCUCUAAUCUAAUACUUGGAAUAAUGGUUGAAUUUUGUGAUAAUCCCAAAACUACGGCUCGUGUCAAUGCUUGGCGAGGAAAGAAGGACCAGACAGCUGCUAGUCUUUUAAUAAAAUUGUGGAGAAAGGAAGAAAAAGAAUUAGGAGUAAAACGUGAUAAACAUGGGAAGAUAAUUGAUACAAAGAAACCUCUAUUUACUAGUUUUCAAGAAGAGCAAAACAUCGUUCCACUGCCUGCCAACUGCCCAACUAUUGCAGUUAUGGAUGUUGCCGAGAACAUUAGAGCAAAAAUUUAUGCUGUGUUGGGCAAACUAGAUUUUGAAAAUUUACCUGGCCUAUCCGCUGAAGAUUUUGUUACCCUCUGUAUCAUACAUAGAUAUCUUGAUUUUAAAAUUGGAGAAAUAUGGAAUGAAAUAUAUGAAGAAAUAAAAUUAGAAAACUUAAGACCAGUCUCUACAGAUAAACAUAUUUUGGAAGCUAUUACAACAGCAUCAGAAAAUAUUGGGAAGAUGGUUGUCUCUCUGCAAAACGAGAUAAUUGAAAGCCAAGCACGCCAAGAUGUGCAAAAUGAACAAAAAGUAUAUGCAAAAAUCCAAGCCUCCCACAAGCAAAGAGAAUUGGCUAAUAAGUCAUGGGAAAAUUUCUUGGCUAGAACAUCAAAUGCUAAAACUUUAAAGAAAGCAAAAAGACUUCAGGACAAAGCUAUAGAAUCCUCUAGAUACAAUGGGCGACCACCAAAUGCAAUAUUUCACCAGACAGCUAUUAAAGGCCUAAACACAACGGUGCCUUCUGGUCAGGUAGUAACACUGGAAAGCACUCCUGCCCGUUUAACAGGAGGACCUCUGGCUGAGACAGACAUUGCCCUUAAAAAACUGCCUAUUCGAGGAGGAGCCUUAAAAAGGGUGAAAGCAGUAAAAACUGCGGAUGAGCCAAAGAAGAGUGUUCCUAAAUAAAAUGUUCUAGAGACUUUUUGAGAUAAAUUCUGCUUAUAGUUUUUUUAGUUAAAUAAAUUGUUAUAUACAAAUGUAAAGCAAAUAUUUUAGAAUAAAAUGCUAUAAAAAUAAAAGCAAGCACAUAUAAUUUAUUGAAAAUAUCAACAUAUAGCAUCAGAAAAGCAUAUAUUUCUUUGAAAAGAUUACUAAUUCUCUCGACUGAAAUUAUAAAACAUGUUGUAUCCGUUAAGACCAUUUUGGUUGCAUAGGAACUACUCCAACUGAUUUAAUGC